AUGAUAGGAUUCUAUUCAGCUAAGAGUCUUCAGAAAGAAAGUUUCUUCUUCUUCUGGAUCUCUGACUAUCAUCAGGAAAUUCUUCGAUUAUUAGUAUCCUCUCUGGAUCUCUGGUUUCACUUGGCUCUUCUCUACUAUGGAUCUACAUGGCGUCUGGACUUCUUAUUGUUUAGAAGCUUGGUGUCUAUGGUUUGUUCAGAGGUUGGGAGUCCUUCGAUAAUGCAGAAACUUUUUCUGCUAUGGUCAGAGGGUAUUUUCACUAGGCUUCUCCGCGAAUGGUCAGCUGAAGCGGUCCUAUUAUGUGCUGAGGCAUUAAAGAAGUAG